AGGCCGCCGCCGCCGCCGCAUCCCCGCCCCCGAGCAGCGCGGAGCAGAGGCUGAGGGCGGCCGGCCGCCGCCAUGGUGUUGAACCCGGUGCUGGGCAAGCUGGUCAGCAAGCGGGUGGUGCUGGCCAGCGCCUCGCCGCGCCGGCGGGAGAUCCUCACCAACGUGGGCCUGCGGUUUGAGGUGGUUCCAUCCUGGUUUAAGGAGACACUAGAAAAGUCAUCUUUUACAGCCCCUUAUGAGUAUGCUGUGGAAACAGCAAAACAGAAAGCUCUUGAAGUAGCAAACAGAAUGCAUGUAAAGCAUAUGAGAACACCUGAUAUUGUCAUAGGAGCAGACACUAUUGUGUCUGUGGAUGAGCAGAUCCUGGAGAAACCUGUUGAUAAGCAAGAUGCCUACAGGAUGCUAUCAAGGUUAAAUGGGAAAGAGCACAGUGUUUUCACAGGAGUGGCUAUUAUACACUGCCAUAGUAAAGACAAUCAGCUAGAGAUGGAAAUCACCGAUUUCUAUGAAGAGACUAAAGUAAAAUUUUCUGAUCUGUCUGAAGAGCUCUUAUGGGAGUACAUUCACAGUGGGGAGCCAAUGGACAAGGCUGGUGGAUAUGGUAUCCAGGCCCUUGGUGGAAUGUUAGUUGAGUAUGUCCAUGGCGACUUCUUGAAUGUGGUGGGAUUUCCUCUGAAUCACUUCUGCAAAAAGCUGGCAGAAUUGUACUAUCCGCCCUCUAAACAUAACAUACAACAUAAAAAAUAUGACUCUAUCCCUUCUGUGGACACUUUUGAGAACCUAAGUGAUGGAGAAAGUGGAUCUUCAAAUUUCACAGAGCACAAAGUUGUUAGUAAGUUGGACCACCGUGGGAUGCGUUCCUCGGGAGCUGCUUACACUUCUGAAAAGACUUCUGCUGUCAGAACUGGUUUUACAGUACCUUUGGAAAAUCAGAAUGGAGUGUCACAGAGCGCAUCAAAACUUCCAUCCAAAAUUCUAGAGCUGAUGGAUGGCUUUAGAGCUUCAAAGGCUCUGUUUGUAGCCUCUAAGCUGAAGAUAUUUGAUCAUCUGAAAGAUAAAGGUCCAAUGAAGGCUGUGGAUAUUGCAAAUGAUGUUGGAGCCUCUGUAUGUGGAACUGAAAGACUCCUUGAUGCAUGUGCUUCUCUUGGAUUGCUGAAGAAAACACCACAAGGUUACAGUAAUACAGACUCAGCAAAUACCUACCUGAGCUCAGAUGGCAAAUACUCACUUCAUGGCUACAUUAUCCAUUGUAAUGACCACCUUUGGCCUCUCUUCACAAACUUGGAGUAUGCCGUCAAAGAAGGGAGCAGGCAGAAUCAUCGAGCCUUUGGACAGAAAGCAGAUGAUCUAUUUAAGGACUAUUAUCACAGCCAGGAGGUAAAGCAACGUUUUAUGGCUGCCAUGCACAGCAUUGCUCACCUGACAGCAAGAGAUGUGGCUACAGCGUUUGAUCUUUCACGGUUUAAAUCUGCUUGUGAUUUAGGAGGUUGCACUGGAGCUCUGGCUCAUGAAUUAGUACAAGUAUACCCAAAUCUCAAGGUCACAGUAUUUGACCUUCCAGAAGUCAUUGCGAACACCUCUUACUUUCAGCCUUCAGGACAGCACACUGCUCCAGUGACAUUUGUGUCAGGUGACUUCUUCAAGGAUAAUCUUCCAGAAGCAGAUCUUUACAUCCUUUCACGUGUUCUUCAUGACUGGCCAGAUGAAAAGAUACAUGUGCUAUUAAGUAAGAUAUCAGUUGUUUGCAGACCAGGAAGUGCCUUGCUAGUGGCAGAAACUGUGCUUGAUGAACAGAAGACGCACCCUUCUGUAGCUGUGCUACAAUCCCUCAGUAUGACUGAAGGCAAGCAGAGAAGCAGCUCAGAAUAUAAACAGCUACUGGAGAAAUACGGAUUCACAGAUGUACAAAUUAAGAUCACAGGAAACUUAUUAGACGCUGUUCUGUGCUUCAAGAAGAAUCUGUCACUGUAGUGAGCCCAGAAACAAUCUGGGAUGCUGAAUUUUCACCCCUUGUGCAAUAUAACCAUCAUCAACCAGCUUGUAUUGGCAGUUGAGGAUCAUUCUGGCCCUUUGAAGCAUAGUUGUUGCAGACCUUGGCUACAAGUUGGAGUGCAGCUUCUGCCAGAGUGAAUUCUGUGCAUUUUAAAAAGAAUCUGGAGCAGGCUGAAAUUCCUGCAUGUGAAAUACCUUAAUGUCCAAUUCUUCUGCAUACUGUAUUAAACUUAAACUUGGCAUAGCUGUGUAUAGCAUGUCAGGUUAAAAAUGCAAGUACUGCUUGUACUGAGCUACAUUAAUACCUUAGUGGUUUUGGACCAUAAAAUUAAAGAGAAUUCCCCCUCUGUAGUGUGUUCAGUGUUUUUAUCAGAAAUUAAAAAUUAAUAUUGUACCAUCUGCCUGAAUUUGGGGGUGAUAGUCCUCUUUUUCACUGCUGUGUGGGACUUUAGUCCAAAACAUCUCAUAUAUAGUCUUUUAAAGCACUUCUUCUACAAGCAAAAGUGAAAACAGAACAAACCUCAAACGUGUUAGUACAAUAGCUGUACUGUCACAGUGAAACUUCAGCAGCCUCUGGCCCCCAGCCACAGUAUGUACCUGCACAGGCUGCAGCUGAGAGCUGUUCAUAUUGCCUACUGUCACUUCUGGGGUUUUCUGAACAUGGUUGAAUGGCCAUAUAUGCUUUCUGUCUCAUUAAUUGAGAUGAGUUUUAGGAUUUAUGUAUAAAACCUUGUAUGAAAAUUAAAAAAAAUAAAAGUUUCUUCAUGCUUCAGUCUAAUUGGAGAAGUGCAUGCUGUAUCUAAUCUCUUCAAGUAAUUUUUCACUAAUGUCACCUCUCCUAA